AUGGUGGCCCAUUCCGCUUUUGUUUUGUGUGGCGUGGCGUGUCUCCUAGCAGCGAGCUCCCAGGAGGCACCCAGUACCAGGGACAUUCCUUUGGAUAUUCGCUAUCCUGGGCUGGUCAAAUGCGACCCAGCAGAGAUGUACGGUUGCAUGAGCCGAUGCUCUUCAGGGGUGACUCAGGAGGAGAACGCAGACAGAAAGCUUUGUCUGACCAUCCGCUGCAUCCGGGAUUGCUCCAGGACGACGUCGCGGGAGUGCCCGUCCAAAUGUCAUCCCGACAUGUUGCCGCAAGCAGCGACCGGACCAGCACUGCCAGCGGUGGAAGUGUGGAAGUCUGUGGCAGCUCUUGCGGCGUGCGAGAAGCUGCUAAGCCUCAUCGAUGUCGCACGAAGCCAAUGCUACCUGGACUGCAACCCUUGA